GGCCGCCUGCCCGCUGCCGGACAACCUGCCCGGCCUGCGCUGGCAGCAGACGGCCGAGGUGCUCAAGUGCUGUGCGCCGGACGAGGCUCUGGUAAGCCAGCCGGCCGGGGAGCCCGCGUGCCAGCCAGUGCCGGCGCCGCUGCGCUGGCGCCCACUCCUGCUGAACGGCCGCAGCAGGAGGCUCGGCCCGCCCGACGACCGCACCGGCGUGCGGUACGCCAACGUCAGCUGUGAGGAGAAGCACUUCUGGCUGGACGGCGUGCAGCCCGAGCAGCAGUUCGACCUGCUGACGACGGGCCAGCUGUACCUGCGCUGUGCGGACGCGCUGUUCCCGGCCGGGGGCUUCUGCGCCGACCGACUGCUGCCGGCCACCGCGCCUCCGCCUGGGGACGAGGCCGCCCUGGAGCAGCAGACGGCGGCACGCGUCUGCAACAUCAGCAUGCACCAGGCCAGCUCCCUGCUGGAUCCGGAGACGCUGCAGCCGGCCUGUGCGCGUCACGUGUGCGCGCGCAAGUGUUGUCCGCGCGGCCUGCAGAUCCGCGCCGCCGACCUGGCCUGCGUGCCGCAGCGCGCCCCCUGGCGGCCCGUCUUCCAUACGGAGCACACGCGGGAGGUGAAGGUGGAGAGCUUCCUCACCAUGCCUGGCAACCCCGUGUGCGGUCCGUCGGAGGCGGGCGCCUACGGCAGGGUGUUCGCGCUGCAGCCGGCCUACGACGACAAGGAUAUAUUCUACUUGCAGCGUGAUGGCACGCUCUGGGUGCCGCAGCAGAGCACAUCGUUCGCGCCGUCGCAGUUCUGCGUGGAUCAGGCGCGCUACGUCUACAACAGCACUUUCAGCAUCGACUACGACUAUGCCAUCGCCUGCUUCGGCAAGCCGCUGGCCAGCGUGUACACGGCCACCUACGUGUACCGCUUCCUGCUGGUGGUGUCGGCGCUCUGCCUGCUGGUCACGUUCGUCAUUUACGUGGCCAUUCCAGAGCUGCAGAACGUGCAUGGCCGGUGUCUGCUGUCGCACGUGGCCGCGCUCUUCACCGCCUACGUCUGCCUCUUGAGCGCUCAAUCGCGCACGGUUUACGCCAACAUGACCUUCUGCCAUGUCACAGCAAUCGUGAUGUACUACUCGUUCCUGGCCGUCUGCUUCUGGCUCAACGCAAUGAGCUUCGACAUUUGGUGGACUUUCAGCCGGGUCCGCUCGACCACGGCAGCCAGCAACAAGACGAAGCGGUUCAUCCGGUACUCGCUGUACUGCUGGCUCUGUCCGCUGGUGCUCACGCUCGUCACCGUCUUCAUGCAGUACGCGCCCGACGACCUGGUGCCGCCCGAGGACUACCUGCGGCCAGGACUGGGCACCGUCCGCUGCUGGUUCCCGGGGAACUGGGAGAUGCUGGCCUAUCUGCACGGACCGAUCCUGCUGCUGAUGACGUCGAACCUGGUGCUGUUUGUGCUGACGGCGCGCUCGCUGUUCCGCUCCGAGCAGGACACGCAGAUGGUGCGCAAAAAGAAGACGGGCGUCGAAAGGCUGAAGAUAUACGUGAACCUGUUUAUUGUAAUGGGCAUCGCAUGGAUCACUGAAGCGCUCUCGACUUAUCUGGGACCGAAAUAUCUCUGGUACAUAACAGACGUGAUCAACAGUCUGCAGGGGUUUUUCAUUUUUCUGCUGUUCACCAUGCGCGGCAGGACGCGCAAGAUCAUCCGACGCCACCUGGAUAGUUGGGGAUGCUGCCGCUGGUGGCGCUGCUGUGGCCAGCGGCAGGCCGACGGUAGAACCUUCGCUCUGUUCGCUAGCUCUAAAACCCGCACCACCUCCCUCCCUACUGGCACUUCAACUAAGCGGAAUACGAUCGAGGACGCUGCGGCCGCCAGGCUGCAGGCCGAGUGACGCGCAUGGUGUGGUGAGCUGUCUACUAAGCCGCAUGUACGAUCUCGAUGUUUCGCCUCGUUACCUGUCGUGUUAUUUUACCUAUGUUACCUAUUCACUACGCUCCUGAUCUUGGAGGGUGCGCCGCCAACUGCGCCGUAUCGCGGCCCUUGUCUGGAUUGUGACUCUCUGCGACAGGACGGAGUCCGUCUUGCGCUUGUCUCUGUCGUCGGCCAGUAACUGCUGCAGCGCCAUUUUCCGUGUGCAGACUGUCUCGUCGCGGCUCGCUCUCUGUGAUGCGACGCGCCCCAAAUGCAGGAUCGUGCAACGUGUCGCGUUCUAAUAAGGAACUUUUUAAUUUUGUAUCUGGAGCGAUUAUUACAGGCUUGUGAAGCCGCAUUCGUCAGAAGGCGAUCAUUGGGUAGAAUGUUCAGGCAGUGUGUUGCACUCAGCUAUAUUCCCCGCGGCAGAUCCGCUCCGCGACUAGAUGCUGGUGAGUGAGCCUUUAAGCCGCGCUGGGCGCGAGCGACCUGAAGUCACGAAAGCUCCGUCACCCUGGCGUCAAUGUCGACAGGUGCCCCUGGAGGGUCUGCUACUGACUUAAGGAGCGAACCUUGGGAAGUUCUUCUGCCAGCCUCGCGCGUGGCUACAGGACGCAGUGCGCCCGGGCCUGUUAGUCUCAUUGUCAUUUGAAUAGAUGCUUGGAUCGGGCACCGCGUGCUCCCAGAUGAUGAUGUGGGCAGACCCGGUAAUGCAGGCUUGUUUGCAUUUCAGCGCGAUCGUUUAUGCGAAGCCUCUGGUGGACCAGGACUGAGUUGAGUAGGUGACCAGACUGGGAGUCAUGACUCGCAGGCCGCGAUCUUGUGACUGUGACCACUAUCUCAUUCGGCCAGAGGUCGGUAGAGACCGAACCCCGAAGUUCCGAGACGUGCGCAGAGAUUCUCGUGAUAGGAUAGGUGGGACACGCGACGAAACGAAUCACGCGACUGCAAGUUGCGUUUAAGUCAAGGCUGUGCCAGUUGGAGCUUUUUCACGGCGCCACCAGUCAAUGGCAUUUGACGGCAAUCUACCAUUUCUUCGUCAAGAUGUCACUGUGCCGCUUUGGUCGUGCUUCAUGUGCUUCAUGUGCCUGUCGUGCUAUACCUGUUACCAUACUGCCUGCCCGCCACUCGCCACGG